GCAAUCAGUCAGCUGCUUCUCCAUCUAACUCAACACACAAGUCUCUUUGUGAGGUGUAUAAAAUAAAAUAAUAAUUCCCACUCACUAAUUCCCCCCUCUUGGGCACACCCCCCACUGCAAAAAAGUCAAAACUAGCAGGAGACUGGACAUGGGUCCUAAAAAAAUGAAGCCCCCUCAGCCAGGUCAAAAGACGAAGGGCGCCGAACCGCCAGGGCCGUCCGUUGCGGUUCCGUCGGAACAAGAGUCCAUCCUUCACGACACGUCGAGAGAAAACGUCAUCUCUGUCAUGAAUCGCAUCCAUCGUGAAGUUAUCGAUCCCAGAAAAUUUGAUCAAGACGGAUCCGGCAGCAAAGAGCGAGACUUUAUGGUUUUGCAGUAUCCGGAUGACCAUGCCGUGUACGAUGCGGCCAUGGAGGUGGAAAUGAUAAUUGAAAAUUGUGUUAAUAUGGACGCACUGGUGGAGAAUAUGGGACAGGUCUUGGCCGGCAGGUUUUUACUGUGUCGAACUAUAACCCUAUCCAGCAAGUUGGUCGGGGUGGACGCUGGUGUGGAGGAUCUCGAAGGAGAGAAAGCCAUGCGACUUGCCCUCUUCAAUUACUCGAUGGAGGCGAAAAUGGGGAUAACUAAUUUUGAGACGGUCCUCCCCUUGGGGACGGUGAUGAUCGUCAAGAAUCCCGUGUUUAAGAAGCCCACUCCCGAAUCGGGCAGCUUUGGACUGAUUGUUGAUAAUCCGGCCGAUGUCGAAUUGCUCAGUCCGAAGAGAAUGGAAGAACUCUUUCCAGAUGUCUGCUGGAAGUCAGAUCUGCCCGUGGAAUCUCGAGCUCUGUUUAAUUCUCCCCUGUUCUGGGAAUUCUUUUCUACCCAGAGUGACUUCGAGAUUGCUACUAAACUAAAGAAUGUGGGAAACAGGGCUUUCGUCGAAAAUCGAUCAACGGAUGCCAUCCGAUUCUACAACCUUGCCCUCGAAUACUUAUCUGAUAUGGAGCAGGAUGACGCAUACAUACUUUUGAUGGACAUCUUAUCCAACAAGGCGGCCGCUCUGAUUAAAUUGGAGUGUUUUAAUCCAGCUUUAAUCUGCACUGGAAAAGUUCUUGAGAUCAACAAUGCUCAUGUCAAGGCGAUCUAUCGUCACGCCAAAGCUCUCGUUGGACUCGGACGGUACGUUGAAGGUGGCGAAUUUGUGGACAAAAAACUCUCCGAAUACCCAUCCCUUGAAGAGGAGAGUAAAGAUAUUCUCAAGCUGAGAUCGCAGAUUCCUGACUUGUUGAAACCACCAGGAAAAGAUAUUAUCCGUGCGUUGCGAAACCCACGGCCACGUGGGACUGACCGGCCUCAGCCAGAUUUGCCAGAUGGGAUGGUAGACCGCAUCUCCGAAUUCCGGGGACCAGUUGAACUCGGGGAGAGCAUCGUUGGCGACGGCGAAGGACUUUUUGCCACUGAAGAUCUCGAAACUGGAACAAUUCUCCUGGUUUGUAAACCCUUCGCCGCGCUGUAUCUUCGGCCAGAGGAGAAGGAGGCAUUUUUAUUAAGCAUGUCCACCCACGAACAUCUCGUCGGUGUGAUGGCCAACAAGAUCUGGCUUGAUCCCGCCCUUGGCCGUGACCUGUACAAACUGUGGGCUGGACCUGACCUGAAACCCUUGACGGAUGAUGAAGACCUCGAAAUGUCGAAAGUUGACAUUGCCCGAAUCACCAAGAUUUGCGACUAUAACAUCACCAUUUCUUACGGUGACGCCGAGGACGAGGAAAGUUGUAUCUCCGAUGGCAUUUGGCUCCCCUCGGCGAAAAUAAAUCACAGUUGUGUUGAUGCAAACGUUACGCUUUGUCAUCAUGAUUCCGCCCUCGUCACUUUGGUCACUACUUUCAAACAGGUGAAGAAAGGAGAAGAAAUUCUUACGUCCUAUUCCGACCCGUUGAAUCCGAUGUCAAGCAAAAAUUAUGUGGAGACUCAUGGUUUUCUUUGCAAAUGUCGACUCUGCGAGUUGGACCGAUCUGAAAAUCCCGCUGACAUUGCACAUAAAGAUAAGCUCCUCAAAAGUAUGGCUUAUGACAACGACACGAACGUGUAUAAAUAUCAUCCCCUCAUGCUCGCCCGCGAUUUGCGAACAAUCGCUCAAGUGGAACGUCUCCGCGCCGCCACGCCCGACCUGAAUUUAGCCAUAACCUAUUCUGGGAUUUAUACUAUUGCCUCCACCGUCCUGUUCGGGAACCUGCGUCGAUAUUCCGUGGCUUUGCCCAUCUUAGAAAAGAUUUACGCCGUGUACCUCAACGUCCCAACGAACCAUAAUCAUGCUCAAAUAACUGGGACCAUUUUGAUGUGUUGCGUGAAAAUGAAGAAGGAAAAGGCAGUUCUGGAGAAAUGGACGGAAGAACUACGGAAAAAUUGUCGACUUUAUGCCGGUUCGCUGAGACAUGUUCGGGCCCUAGAGCAUUUCACACUUCCAGAGGAAUUGAAAAAAUUCGGGAUUGAAUUCUUCAACGAGACGGAUUAAUUAAUUGAAUUGAAUUGGUGUUCAACUUGUGGUUUCUACUGUUUUUUUAAUAAUAAUAAUAUGGGUAUAUGUAUUUUUCGACUAUUUCUGAUAUUUAUGAGGUGGUAUCUCCUUAAUUUUUCUUAAUUUUCUUUGAAUAACUUAAUCUUAUGAAUUUGAUGAUUUGAUGUACACAAUGGAUAAUUACAUUGGAAUAAAUAGAUACAUACAUUUGUAUGUCCUAUGUCCAUAAGUGACGAGCAAA